UAUUUUGUAUUGUUUUGGCGGGGUUUGGGACUUCGUCCGCUCGGAUACUCCGUUCAUUUAGUAAACAUUAGCUUUUCCACCUACGAAAAAUGGAGCGCGGAAGGAUGAGCCGAGCAGCAAGCAGCAGACUGUCGGAGCUGCCGAUGCGGGUGCAGGACAGCAACAGGAUGAGCAUGGUGUACACAACGCCCAAGAGUAAACAGCCUUCCUUUGGAAAGCUCAACAUACCUAAACCACAGUCUGUGAACUCUGAAAGACGGACCAGCUUCUUUAGUUCCCGGACCAGUGGAGCUGGUAUGCCUCGCAACAGCACCAUGUCAGGGUUUGGAGGAACUGAGAAGAUCAAAGACAGCAGACCUCUGCAUGAUAAAUCCUUCGUUCAGCAGUGUAUCAGACAGCUGCAUGAGUUCUUGACAGACCAGGGUUACCCUGGCACCUUAUCAGCCAAAACACUCCAGUCCCCCUCCACAAAGGAGUUUGUGAAGGUCUUUGAAUUCAUCUACCGUCAGCUAGACCCAACCUUUGAGAUGCCAAAUGUAAAAGUUGAAGAGGAGGUUCCAGCUAUGCUAAAAGCGCUGAGGUAUCCGUUUGUUCUCUCCAAGUCUUCAAUGUAUUCUGUAGGAGCUCCCCACACCUGGCCUCAGGCCCUUGGUGCUCUCAUGUGGCUAAUUGAUCAAGUCAAGAUCAACUGGAGUUUGAGUAAGCAGAACCUGCUUCUCAGUGACUUCUGUGAAGACAGUGACGAUAUCGAGGAAGGAGCCGAGUAUAACAAGCUCCUCCUGGACUACACAGCUGAGGCAUACUCUAAGUUCAUGCAGGGUGAAGACACAUUUGAGGAUGUGGAUGAAUCAUACCUCAAUAAACUAAAGAAACUUUACAAUGUUGACGAAGCCCUGCUGGCCACGAUGGAGGAGAAGCACAGAAUACUCAGCGAUGAGGUGGAACGACUGGAGAAGGAGAGCCAAACGGACCGUCUGAUGACCAAGAGGAUGGAAAGGGUGAAGCUGCAGGCAGACCUCAAGAAGCUCCAGAGCUAUCGAAGCAGUCUGGAGUCGUUUAAAGCCAACCUGGAGCACAAAGCUUCAGAGCUGAGUGAUGAGCUGGAGUCCACUGGCAGUCAUCUGGAGUCUCUAAAACAUGAGCAAAAUGAACUGCAACACCUGCUGCGGAACCAGAAGUUUACUCCAGCUGAUGUCGAGAGGAUCAACAGGGAGAAGAGAGAACUCCAACAGACCAUCUCCAGUCUCAGCAAGUCUCUCGAAGAUGCUGAACAGCACAAGUGGAAUGAGGAGAUCGCACUGGCCAAAGUGAAUGAGAAGGUGGAGCUGAAGGUAGCAGAGUACCACAAGCUGGCACGUAAACUGAAGCUGAUGCCGCUGUCUGCAGAGAACUCCGGUGGUCAUGAUUUUGAGAUCAGGCUGUUUGAAUAUGGGCCCGGCAGCAUGGUUCAGCAUAAAACACAGAGACAGAUGCUCCUGAGAAAGCUGGUCAGUGACGUGGAGGAGGAGAACACUCGAUUAGCCAACAUGAAGCUCAGUCUGGAGGAGUCUUGUGAACAGGUGAACUCUAACCUUCUGGACAAGUCCAAUGACCUGAAGCAGCUGAGAGAGGAGAUUUGCAAGCUGGACGAGCGGUUGGACGCUGACAUGCAGGAGCUGGCUCAGGAGGAAAAGGAAUGGGCCGCAGAGAAGGAGUCAGUGGAGAACCAUCGUAAACUUCUUGAGAAGAAGAUAAAUUAUGGUUAUGACGAAGCUGUACAACAACUGAAGGCAGCGCAGCAACAGUACCACCUGGUGCUGCAGGAGACCAAUGAGGAGAGACGAACAGUCGCCAACAACCUUGCGUCUGUAUUUACCACAGCUACCGACCACUUGGCAGUCACAGAGAAGUGCCUGGAGGAUUUGCACGGCAGAGUGCAGCGUGUCUGCUCUAAGGCUGUAGAAGAGGAUGAAGCUGCUGUACAGAAGCUGAGGGAAACUUUAAGGAGCUUCGUGUUCAAAGCAAACAGUUCGUAAAGUGAGGCAGCAGGUUUUUUUUCCCACUUUCUUUAUUGCACACAUAUUCAUAUACAGGAGUACAAACAGAUACAUACACCGCUUUACUAGCUGUUUGUUUUUCUUUUUUUUCCCAAUGUUUUUUUGUCAAAUAAUUGAGCACAAACAACAAGCUGACUUUUGAAAAUAUUAAAGUAGAAUUUAACAUUAAACAGGGGUGUCUCUAUAUUAGUUUAAAUCUGAAUCUCAUUAGGAAGCCUUAAAUUGCUCCUCAGCUAGCAAAUGUCCAGCUGCUCAUGUAGCUAUGUUUGUGCGGUCCCUGUGAAGUGGGAGGACAGAGGACCUGAAGUCAGCAGGGUGAGAUAAAUUCAGCGACUAUGGAAGUGUGGGGAUUUUCCAGUCGUUUGAGUUUUUAGAUUAUCAUCUAGGAAAAAAAGAAACGUUAACAAUUUAAUUCUUUCUUUCAAGUUCUGGAAAUGUAUCAUAUGACUUGUAUCUUAAGAACAACAAAAUAGAAAAAAAAACAUCCUUGGUCACUGUCAAUUUUCUUUUUGAUAACUUAUUUUUGUUUUGAUUACAACAAAAGUGUGUUUUUGCUGUCACAGAUAAAUUGUAAAUACAAAGUGUUUGCAUCACGAUGAAGGUUUUGAAGUCUUAAUGCGUGUUCUGUUAGUUAUCUGGUAUUUACAGACUCUGGAUCUUUAUGUGUCUGUUUUGUGUCAUUCUAUAUCAGUGUUU